AGGACCUAGUUUCAAAAGAAGUUCUGCACGCUUUUUAUUUGGAGACUUGAGAGGAAAAUACUUUCAUUGUUUUUUUUCUGGUUUGAAGAGCUGGUCACAGCUGCAUCUCCCGAGAGCAGCCUAGCUGUAAUGCAUAGAUCUGCGUCCAUUUACUGCAGAGAGGAGGAGACCCCGCAGUCCCGGCCAGGCGGCUGUUCAUGGGCGGUGGCAUCCCAAACUCCAGGCUCUGAGCCUGGACUCCCUUUCCAUCACAGCUCCCCUCACACAGACUCGGGGACUGUCGGACCUGUUCCGUGUCAAAACAAAUCAGACCGGCUUUUCGAAUUUGGUCCCAUUGCCAGAGGAGAUACGGUGGCAAUAACUGCUGCAGGUGGUACCCUGUCCUCCCCCCUCUCCUCAACCUCCUCCUCCUCAUCAUCUGCUCCGAGCCGCUCGCCCAGUCCAGGUUCCCCAUCAAGCUACGGGUAUGGUCCUCCAGCCAGCAAAGCAGACAGCAAAACCGGGCCAGAUGGUAGGAUUCGUCGCCCCAUGAAUGCUUUCAUGGUCUGGGCCAAGGAUGAAAGGAAAAGGCUGGCGCAACAAAAUCCCGACUUACACAACGCUGUCCUGAGCAAGAUGCUGGGUCAGUCCUGGAAAGCUCUUGAUGCUGAAGAGAAGCGACCUUUCGUAGAAGAGGCAGAAAGACUGCGUAUUCAACAUCUCCAAGACCACCCUAACUACAAGUAUCGUCCAAGGAGAAAGAAACAAACCAAGAAGACUAAACGGAUGGAGUCUAGUAUCCUUCUACAUAACCUUUCCCAGCCUAGUGGAGAGAAUUUUAAUGUGAGUCAUCAGAGUAUAAGCCAGCAAGGACACCACAGACUUCCUCAACUCAACCACUUCCGAGAACUCCACUCUAACAUUGGAUCUGAUUUAGAAAACUAUGGGUUGCCAACUCCUGAGAUGUCUCCAUUGGAUGUUUUGGACCAGGCUGACCCAGUAUUCUUCCCUUCUCAUGCACAAGAGGACUGCAGCAUGAUAUCCUUCAGAGGUUACCACCACCCAAUGGAGUUUUCCCAAGACAAGGUCCUAGCUCGAGAGAUGGCAGUGCCCUAUUCUCAGACCCCAGCAACCAUGGCAGAUGUUAUGAGGACUUCUCCUACAGCUAGCUUUUAUUACAACCAGGUGUGUUCUGGACCUCAGGGUGGCCCUAUUGCCCACAUGGGGCAGCUUUCACCUCCUCCUGAAGGCCAUCACACUGAGCAUGUUGACCAGAUGACUCAAAAUGAGCUUUGGACAGAUGUUGACCGCAGUGAGUUUGACCAAUAUUUGAACAUGAACAGGACUCGUCCUGAGGCUCCAGGACAAUCUUACCAUGUGUCCCUGCCCAAGAUCACCCCUCGAAGUAUUUCAUGUGAGGAAGGCAGUUUGAUAUCUGCCUUGGCUGAUGCUAGCAGUGCUGUGUAUUAUAGUACUUGCAUAACGGGCUAAUUGAGACAGACUCCUACAGUGCUCAAAAUCUCAUCACCCAUAUGUGGAAUUACAGGCCUCAAAGUAUAGAAGAAAAAGUCAGAAUGUCAAUGAUAUUGACAUACGGCCUGAGAGAAGUGUUACAGUCGAGGCAUUAAUGUUUAUAACGUUUCUUGACUAAUGAAGGUUAACAUGUGAAUGGAGAAGGUGCAGAAACAUUUAACUGUAUUUAAUUCAUCCAAAAAAGAGAAAAUAAACUCUCAGUUAGUGGGCAUCAAGUUUUUUUUUUUCGUGUGGAACAGCAUUUAGUUAAUAUAUGACAACUGUUUUUAGAGGGAUAAGGUAGAAGAGGUAUACAAGCUGCAACACAGUUACUGGAAGUUAUGGACAGUGGUGCUUUAAAGGAGCAAACUUCUAAAACUGUCCUGGUAUAGAAAAGAUAAGACAUAAUGACCACUGUAAUGCAAAGUGAUAAAAGUGAGUGACAUGCAUUUGAGAGAUAAUGGUACACUUGUUGCAGAGGUAAAAUGAUGGGCAUUUCUCAGAUUCUAGGAAUUUAAGAGAUACAGAAAUAUGUCUGGUGGAUAAAAUGAAGCAUCUUCCUCUUAAUAUGGGUCAGGUGAGCAGUUUGGGGAGAAAGGCUUUAAAGAAGUAAAAUAAGGGGCAUCUUGUUAAUUACAGGCACUUACGUCUAUAAAUGUUGAAGGCUUUUGAAAAGAUGAAGUAAGGGUUAAGUGUCAUGAAGCUUGUUGAUGGGACAUAGUAAGCGAGAGACUGACAAUACCUUAAAACCUGAUUGUUAUUAAGAAAGUAACCCUUUACUUCCUUACAACAUUGUUUAAUGCAAUGUUACUCCAUUUGUUUUUGUAAAUAUCUGUUGCAGCCAAAGUGAAAGCAUAUUGUUUCCCUCCCUCACCAGCUGGAUCAGCAUUGUUACAGUCGGAGACUGACACAUCAUUCAAGUACCUUUAAAACCUGAGUCUAGCAAGUUAAAAUAAUUUGUGUUAUUUCUGAAGAAGCUGUACAAUGCUAUAAUUAUCUAUAUUUUUUUAAAUGUGAAAACAAACAUUAUUUAAUUAUUUUUUUCCUUCUAAAUUGCCAGACCGUUUUAAGAAAGGCAUAAUUGUCAGUAAUUUUAUGUAUGCAGCUAUUAUAUUGUCAGUUGUUCAUACACUAUGUGUGUGCAAGAAUGUGUUAAUGUGUGUGUGUAUGUGAGUAUUGUUUUUUUAAACCACUUAUCAUUUUGAGUAAGACUGACAAAAAGCAUGUUUUAUAGUACUUUUUAAACAGCAUAAUUUCUUUAAGAAAAACAUUGUAAUAUUAUUAAAACUGAAUUCCUAAAUGUU